GUCAUUCCACCCAGAGAAUGUCAACAAGAGAAAAAAAUAUCACCCAAAACCAGAAAAGUGGAGUGAAAAUUUAUCAACAUUGCAAAUUAUUUGCAGUAAUUUGCAAUUGUUUUGCAAUAUUUACGUCGAAUUUAAGCUAUUGAAACGCUGUACUAGUUGUGGUCGACGGAAACUCAGCUCAAAUAGAAAACAAUGGCUGGUAACGUAGUGCGGAUGUCCCAGCCCGGAACACCAGCAGCGACGCAGUCCAACUACAUGAAGGUCUUCAUCCAGCGGGACUACAGCGAGGGCACUUCCGUGAAAUUCCAGACCAGGUUUCCGCCAGAGCUGGAGAGUCGGAUCGAUCGCCACACAUUCGAGAGCACGAUGAACAAACUGAACGAGUAUUUUGCCGAGGCGGAGAAGGGGUCCUGUAGUACUUACUGUGAGGGCUGCCUGGCAUGCAUCACCGCCUAUCUAAUCUACAUCUGCACGGAGACGCACUACGAAAAGUGUUUGCGCAAGGUGUCCAAGUAUAUAGCUAUGCAAAAUGAGCGUGUGUAUAAUCCGAAAGGGCUGCAAAUAACCGAUCCGGUAUGCCGAGGGCUACGAGUCAUAGAGAUCUCGAUAUUGGAUCGCCCCGGGCGCACGUGACUGCCACUGUCACAUUCCACGGAGGAAUUCUUCAUGUAAAUUCACUUUUGAACAGGAAGGAUGUACUACAUACACACACAAAACCAUCGGAACAACUUUUUUUAGUGGCAUAAGCAGACAGCGUAAUCGUUCGGAGUUAGCGGAACAUCAAGUAAAAUAGUUUAGCAAAAGCAUGUUGAAAGAAUCGGACCCAAUUGCGUUGAACGAACGUCUAACGUAAGCUAGAUAACUUUGAUUUGGAAGAAACUGCUCAUGUUCGUGGUAAUGAUGAGUCGAAUAUUUUUCCGAACUGAUUAUCCCAAAAACAUGCAUCCAUUUCUGUACUUUUCAAAGAUUACAAAAACUAUUCCAGACUUUUUAAGCUCAUUGUGGGUGCAAUCACUUAUAAGGAUAAAAUUACUCUUAAAGAAAUCUUGUUUUCCAUUACUUUAGCAAAUGUUUCUGUUCUACGAUAGAUAUCAUUUUUAAUGCUUGAAGUGCACCUACACUCUCGAAGUUUCGAUUUUAGUCUAUUUUUCUGUCGCAUUUAGUUUUCAGAUUCCAGCAGUGCAAGCAACAACGUUCAACGAAGCUAAUUAGGCUGCAUGUUUAAGUCCAAUGCGUAUGGUGACAAAUUGUUUAGUGUUAUAAGGUUCAGGACAAAAAUCUAGACUGGAAUGCAAGAAAUUCAGUGAAAGUAAAAUUGUUUUAGAUGGGAAUUGUGACAGAAAGCCAUUGACAAUGGACGAUGACAUUAUGAAAAGAUCAAGAUAAGCGAAAUAGCAUCCGAAAUGACAUACGUUCGAAUUCCUCUAAUACACAAAAUCUAUUUUAUUCAAAGCAAGAUAGAAUCACUAAUAAAGUGAACCGUACUGUAACGUUAUCUUGAGAACAAAACUUAUUCUUUCCUGAAAUAGCUAUCCCAUGUGAGAGUAAUUCGAAACCGAAUACUCUACGAAAGGGAGUUUUUGAAACAGUUAAUUUAGCUGCCUCAAGUCUCAUGACUCGCUGACUAGAUCCUACUUGUGACUUCCAAAAACGCAGAUCCUGACGGACAUUCUACUGCAGUUUAUUUCAUCUGUUGACUAUAAUACAAUCCAUCUAGAACGUAGAUCCGGCGAAAUGCUUGGGUUCUUAUAAUUGUGAAGAAUGUUUUGGGAUAUAACAUAUAAAAUAUAUUUAUUAACAAAUCUAA